GGCAGUGGAGAGUCAGGUGAUGCACACUAUAAGCGAAGGGAGCUGUCCGGGUGCUGAAAACAGUCCAUAAACUUGCCGCGGACAGAUAACGAAGACCAUGCUUUAAAUUGUCUCUGCACACAGGGAACAUUUCAAACAUGGCCGAUGCUAAAACCUCAAGGCUUGCUACAGUCUUGCCUCUUGCUCUGCUUUCUGCCCUGAUCUGUUCUGCCAGUGCUGCUUCAUUUCAACGUUACCAAAACAUCCAGAAAGAUCCAGACUACCUGAUGAAAAACUUGCAAAGGCUUCCAAGCCCAGAUAUGAUCAAAGCGCUGGAAUACCUAGAAAACCUCAGAAAACAAGCCAGCAAUGGAGAAACAAGCCCAGAUGAUAGCUCCUAUCAAAGUGUCCCAUUUGCUCUGCAGCCAAAGGAAAGCAAAGAUCAGAACUACCUGUCGGACAAUCUAAGAGAAUCUUUAUCAGAAGAUGAGUCACAGUGGGCUAAGGCCAUGUUGGAAGCACUAAGGCAAGGAGAAAAAGAAUCAAAGGGAACCCUGAAAGAAGGUAAAUUCUACCCCAUGAGUUCAGAUAACAUCUUCCGAGAUGGAAUGACUGAUGAUUAUGAUGACCGCACCUGGCCUGAGACACGGCACAAACAUUCUAAGAUACCACAUGUCUACUUAGAAGAAAAUUCAAGAGACAGCCCUUAUAAGCGGACAAAUGAAAUCGUGGAAGAGCAGUACACACCUCAAAGUCUAGCUACCUUAGAAUCAGUGUUUCAGGAGCUGGGGAAGAUGAUGGGGCCAAGUAACCUGAAAAAGGGGAGGUUUGAUGAGGAACAGAAACUCUAUGCUGAUGAUGAAGACGAUGCCUAUAAAGGAAACAACCUUGCCUACGAAGAUGUGGUGGGAGGAGAAGACUGGAACCCAAUAGAGGAAAAAGUGGAAAGUCAAACCCAGGAAGAGAUCAGAGACAGUAAGGAGCAAAUUGAGAAAAAUGAAGAGGAGAUGGAUGACGAAGCAAAAAGGUCCAGCAUCCUGGAGGAUGAGAUGAAAAGAGAGGACAAAGAUCAAGUGUCAGAGGAUGUUUCACAGCUGAUGGAUUAUUAUUUGAAAAAGAUGAUAAGCAGCGCUGGAAAUGACAACUCAAGAUUCAAGCAAAAUGAAGACAAAAGGGCUGCCAGAUAUUCUGGAAAGCAACUUGAUCCUCAGGCUAUUUAUCAGUUAAUAGAAAUUUCAAGGAAUUUACAAGUCCCACCUGAGGACUUAAUUGAGAUGCUGAGAGCUGGUGAUAAACAGAGUGAAAAAGAGCAAGAGCCUGAACUCCCAGAAGAUGUUGAUGACAUCCCUGAAAUUAAUGUAGACAAUUCAGAUGUAUUAAAAAAUAAAAUGAACUCUUUGAAUGGUUACAGAAAGCAGCGACUUAAUUUGAUACCGGAUAAUCUACCAGAAGAUCUCACUGUGGAAGAUAUCAUCAAUCUUUUGGGGACUGAAAAUGUAGGGAGUCAGAAACCAUCAUAUCUGGCAAAUCAACUCAAGCAAGAGUUGCCAAGAGUUUCCUACAUGCCUGGAAGAUCUAAAGGGCACCAGUUUCCCAAAGCUGCUUGGUUAAACCAUUUGGAAAGACGACAAAUGGAACAGGAAUCACUAAAUGAAAAGGAAGAAGACUUGGCAGACUACUUAGCCAAGGUGCUGGCAAAAUAUCCUGAGGUUGUUAAUACAGGUCAGAUGAAACAAAUUCCACUCGCACUUUCCUCCGAGGAUGACUUGCAAGAAGAUGACCAGUUUGAGCAGGCUAUCAAAGAACAUCUAAACCAGCUUGGAACUCAAGAGUCAGACAAGUUGACAUCUCUCAGCAAAAGGCUGUCCAUGGCCCAAGAGAAUGACGACACACAAAACAGACCAUAUAUGGAUGAGGAUAUGCUAGCAAAGGUUCUAGACUAUCUAAACCAGGAAAACUCUGAAAGGGGGAGGGAGCACAUUACUAAAAGGGCAAUGGAAAAUAUGUAGUUAUUUCCUUAUUAUUUCUCUUCAUUGUAUUGACUUCUACCCCAGUUCUGUUGUGAUUUACCUUUCUUUAACAAUUUGAGGCAUGUUCAGACAUUACACACAGCUGCUUUAUGCACAUAGGAAUUCUGGCACCUGCAUUUUCAUGAGUAAUGUUACAUCUGAAAUGGGAGCUCAUGGACCUCAGCUGUAGCUACCUCUGUGAUCUCUGAUAAAAGUUUUGGAACAUGGUCACAGAGAUUCCUAGAGAUGAUAUCUGUGAGUUCCCAGCAAACACAUUGUUUUGCUCAUGCAAAUGAACAUGCCCAGAGGAUCCCUGCAGGUGCAAAAAGUGGCCCAGUUCUGUGUCUCAACUGGUCCCAGUGGUACAUGAUUUGACAUUGAACAGUCUGCGUAAACUCCUCUGAGCUGUUCUGUUGUUUAUGGGUAUCUUUCAAUGUUCUAAAUCUUGGUCAUGUAACAAAUUGCUUCAAUUUUUUUAAGAAACAGAUUUAUGUAAUUAAGUGAAACUAUGUAAAACAAUGACCACGGCAGAUCAUGACAAUGGCAGAAUGACAACUGCAUUCUAUGAGGUUUUUUAAAUGAAUUGAAAUAUUUUGUUAUUGUGUGUAGUGUUUUUGUGGAGUACUGAAUAAAAAUAAAGCAUAUUAUAUAUAUAAU